UCCAGGAAAUGUUGAUUGUUUUUCAGUGCCAAGAGAGGAUGAUAUGCUGAAGUACUCUAUGGUUGUAUCAUUAACUCAGACAAACAAGUCAAAACAGUUUCAAUCAAACUGCUUAGCCUUUUUUCCUCCCUUCCGAUCCUUGGGCUGGCUGGCUGACUUGCCCAGUUCCCAGGCCUCGAUAUUUCGCCUCGGUCUAGCCUGAGUAUCAGGCUUUUCUUACUCGCGGGGUAGGAGGAAGAAACACCCGGCAAAGUUUUCCCCCUACCCCUACUCUCUUGCUAAGAAAGGCCUGAUACUCAGGUUGGCCUCGGUCAAUCGUUUUUUGGGUCACGUGGUCCGGGACGUUCGUCUCAGAUACGUCACCGAAAUCAGUUGACCGUGAAGACCUGGGAAGAGAGGUCCCCUUCCCGCUUGUGCUUCGAUGCUUUUCGGCCCAUUCUUACUUCGAUUGUGCAGGAUUUAAGUAGUUUAUUAUCCAAUUUCUUCCUUUUUGGCUUUCGGGAAGAGUGGAGAACCUUAGUAAGUGAAGAAGCAAAAGUAUAAUGUUGGUCUUAAGGCAAUUAAUUCCUAACCUUUCCAAAAGUGCAUCGUGUCCUACGCAGGUGCCCCGAGGCCAUAGAGGGGUGUUAUCUUGGGGAGAGACGUAUAGUGCAAUUUCAGCUUGCGUGCGAUUAAGUGACAUAACAUUUCGUGGUAGCAGUCAGCAGUACAAAGAGAAGACGACUACGCCUUCACCUGUGGCGAUCACUGAAGUGUUUACUGAUAGUGAGGCCGUGAAGAUCCGCUGGCAGGAUGGAAGCAGCACAAAAUUUCAUAACAUUUGGCUGCGUGAUCAUUGCCAGUGUAAGCAGUGUUACAACUAUGACACACAUCAGAAAGAGCUGAACAUUUUAGACGUUCCACUUGAUAUUCAACCAGCAAAUGUGGUCAUUCAUGACCAAAACAACCUGUCAAUCAAGUGGCCAGACAGUCAUGAAACAAUUUAUGAUGCAGAAUGGCUCAGAAAACACUCUUACACUGGAGGCACCAAACCACGAAACCACAAAGAAGAGCUGUUCUUGUGGGACAAGAAAAUCAUUGAAUCAAACAUGCCUUGUGGCUUUGAUUUUGCCAAGGUUCUUUCUGACGAUGAUGAGCUUUUCACACUCUUUCAAGGAAUUAUAAGGUAUGGCUUUGCAUUUGUAGAUAACACACCAACUGAAGUUGGUGCCAUAGAAGAAGUGGCCACAAAGUUGAGUGGCUUUGUCAGGGAAACCCAUUAUGGUAAACUAUGGGAAUUUUCAAAUGAGGUUUUGGAACAUGCCGACACUGCUUACACAGCAGCCUACCUCCGUGGACACACAGACAGCACCUAUUUCACAAAUCCGGUUGCACUUCAGAUGUUGCACUGCAUUGGACAUGAAGGAACUGGUGGGAUGAAUUUGCUGGUGGAUGGCUUCUUCGCGGCAGAAAAGCUGAAGAAAGAUGACAAGGACUCCUUUGAUUUCCUUUCAUCAACUACACUUCCUUUUCACUACAAAUCCGAGAGCCUUCACUUGAAAGCUCAUGGGCCAAUAAUUGAGCUUGAUCCCUUUGAUGGUGGUAUUUCCCAGAUAAGGUUUAAUAAUUAUGAUAUGGAAACUUUGGAUUGUCUCAAGUAUGGCGAUAUUCCUCGAUAUUACAAAGCUUUGAAAUCAUUCACUGGUCUCGCGUGUGCCCCAGAGAAUCAGUUUUGGUUCAAGUUAGUUCCUGGUUUGUUGCUGAUCAUGGGCAACUGGAGGGUACUGCAUGGAAGAUCCUCCUUUACGGGAAAAAGGACAAUGCAUGGCUGUUAUCUUAAUGGGGAUGACUUCUUUGGAAAGUACAGGGCAAAAGCUGCUGCCCACAGUAUGUGACUUUUUACGUGCAUAUUAUGGUAAUUCACUUCAAUUCAUCAUUUUUUUCAAACAAAGUUACUAAACUCUACACUCUCAAAAAUGGCUCACUGCACAUUAUUAAUAAAUACCUAAGCAAGAUUCUUAACAUCAAAAAUGGUGAUAAUAGCAUAUUUACAGUCAAAACAGCUCAAGCAUUCCUGCCAAGGGUGAAUGAAUGAGUUCAUUAUCGGAAAUUUGAUUUCCUUACUCAUUUCAAUAGUCAGUUAUUUAAGUGAAGAUUGGAUUAAUGAACAAUACACUUAUACCAUAUUUGGAAUGCUAAGCACCAGGACUUCUCCUGUAGUGGUGGGAAAGAUAUCAAAGAUGGUUGACAUCGAAGCAAGUUUUAUGGAAGGGACAGAAAAGGUCGGUUUGCAUCAAGAUACCUGACUAUUUUUGAAGAGGUUCAUUUUAAAUAAAGUUCAUUAAUCCAAUCAAAAUUCAAGUAUUGGAUCGAGUCUUGUUUUGAAUUUUCUACUCUUCACUUGAAUAACAGACUAUUGAAACGAGUAAUGAAAUCAAAUUUCUGAUAAUGAACUCGUUCAUUCACCCUUGGCAGGAACGCUUGAGCUGUUUUGACUGUAGUAUAGUUCCAAGUCUGAUAUUUUUAGACAAAAUGUCAUAUAGUUUGUCCUUCCAUUAUAUUAACUUAAUAUAGCCUUUGUUUCAUUUUCAUUCCUUUUAUUUCCACUUAUUUUAUUCCUAACAUAUUACCAUUAUUACACAGCAUACAUUGUAUCGUAGACAGUAGGUCCACAUCAGCCUACAGAGCUAAAAAUAAUUUUCGGACCGUGGCCGGUCAUGUUGACUGGCCAAAGUAAUUUUAGCUCGGUCACAUCUCAUUUCUGACUGGUCAGGUAUUUUAUUCAGAAUGAAUAAUGUGACCAUGUCAACAUGACAUGACCGGUCAACAUUACUGGCGAGUGAAGUUUUUGGCCAGUCAAGUCACCAUUCUGGCUGGACAUUGUCUGUUGACUGGCCAUUAUUUUGAGCCGCAACCUACUAUAACAAAUAAAGUAUGCAUGUAUGUGUGAAUGUAUCUAGUAUGUGAUCCAAAGAUUGUUAUUAAUUUGAUAAGAUGCAUUUUCACUUAGUAUAUUCAUAUAGUAAAGUAA